CACAGUAAUGAAGCGAGAGCGAAGUUGCUGAUCGAAGGGAUCACCGUAAGGGCUAAAUCGGUCGACUGUAAGGAAACGAAUCCUUUCAGCCUGAAACACAGAAUGCAGAACAUGAACAACACACUAAUUACAAUCAAGGACAUUCCAGAAUCAGCUGAUGACAGCAUUAUAGUGGAAUUCCUGACUAAUGCAGGGUGCAAAACAGUCGGACGAGUGAAUCACAGAAAAAUCAGAUAUAACAACCGACUUACCAACUGCAGCAACGGAGACAGGCUGAUUUACAUCGAACAAAAACCCACAAAAGCCAUACAACGAAAUGUGAAGAUUGGGACACACUGGGCACGAGUCUUCUACAACGGACAAGAACUAGACCGAGAGCAGAUAACUCACACAGCCAGCGACCAAAAUAAAGCAAAUGAUGACACUCAGACCGCUGUCAGCACACCUACAACAGAGUCAAAUAUGGACUUCAUUGAUAGAGCGUAUGAGGAGCAUGUAAGCCAAACUGGAAAGGAAAAUAAUACAUCCACCAUGGGGGAAUCCCCAAACACCGAAGAUAAACAAAAACAAUCAGAAGAAAGUGAAAGUGACGACAAGUCAACAGAACCUACGACCAAGAAAGAUAAGAAAAAGAAAAAGAAACAAAAAAAAGGCAAGAAAAAACAAGACGACAACACAAACGAAGAUGACACACCGGUUAUGCAGAAGGAGAAGCCAAGACAAAGAAGUAACUCACUUGGCGAUAUGGACGAAGCAAAAGUGUCAUCAAUCUUAAAAUACCUACGAAAAGGAAAGGAAUCUCAACCAGCGAAGAGGCCUCGAGAGCCAAGCUCGUCGUCCGAAACAGCACAGACAUUGCCAACAAAAAAAACACAGAUGGAGGACCUACAACAGCGGGAAAGCUCAUUUGCCGAGGAGGAAACACAAACCGCAGUGACAUGAACGCUAAUGCAGAUAAAGCGACGUCAUCUACGGGAAAGAAAGCAGAACGGACUAGACUACGAAU